UAUAGCCUGUCCAAAUCAUUCAAAUUCCAAACUUAUUUCAAAUUUUAUAUUUUAAAUUCAUUAAUGACAACCUUUAAGAAUGCUGCUGAAAGUGAUAUAUAUUUAUUAUGGCCUUCUGCUUCCUGGCUGGCAUACAUUCAAAGCUGUUGUAAAUCGUCGGCAAGACCUUACCAUCCUCUGGCUUAAGUACUGGGUCAUAUUUACGCUGCUCCAGGGACUGGGCUACCUCACAGAUAUCCUCUUUGACGGAUCACUGCCUUACACACUGCUCAAGCUAGUAAUGGCCGUGAUUCUUUGGCUGGGUUAUCCGGACAGCUCCAGGAUCAUAUACGAGUUUAUCGAUAAGCCAGUGCUGCGGAAUCUGGAGCUGAAUUUGGCUAACCAGGGGUUUAUGUCGCUUGGUCAGCAACUACACAGCUUUUGGUCAUCCGAUCAAGAGGAUAGUUCCGAGUACAAUAAAGGUGAACCCCAGGUCAAUGCUGAACUGUUGAAGCGGGAACUGAGCAUUCUUAUGGCCAACAUUUCCGGAGGCGACACUUCUAACCGGGAAUCCAUGCCCAGGCAGAACUAUAACCAUGUCCAGCUACCGUCAGACCGCCAAGCUAUGUACAAGAUCAACUACCUCAACUCACGUUACCAAGUUCAUUACUCGGAGGAUGAGCAAUCCGAUUCGUUAAGUGACUGACUGAACUAUUGUUUUGUUGCCUUGAUUAAAUGCGGAAUCUGAUCUGAUCGGAUUAUCCGAAA